AUGGCUCCAAAACAGCCGAACACCGGUCUCUUUGUUGGUUUGAACAAGGGGCACAUAGUUACGAAGAAGGAAUUAGCUCCACGACCUUCUGAUCGCAAAGGGAAAUCUAGCAAAAGGGUUCUCUUUAUCAGGAGUUUGAUCAGGGAAGUUGCUGGCUUUGCACCUUAUGAGAAGAGGAUCACUGAGCUUCUCAAGGUUGGCAAGGACAAGCGUGCUUUGAAGGUGGCUAAGAGAAAGCUUGGGACACACAAAAGAGCCAAGAAGAAGCGUGAGGAGAUGUCCAGUGUUCUCCGUAAGAUGAGGGCUGCUGGUGGUGGUGAGAAGAAGAAGUGA